AAACAAUUUUUAAAAAAUAAAUAUAUUGUAUGUAAUGAUGGAGUCAUUGGAGUCUCCAGUUAAUAGUCGUUCAUCAUAUGACCAUCUCUUCAAACUUAUUAUUGUUGGCGACUCUUGUGUUGGAAAGACUAGUAUUUUGCAGCGAUUUCACGGCGAAACCUUUUUGCCGCAAUCGGUGCCCACAAUCGGUAUUGAUUUCAGGAUCCGAACCAUUACUUAUCAAAACAAAAUUAUUAAACUCCAGAUUUGGGAUACAUCAGGUCAGGAAAAAUAUGACUCAAUAACCACAUCAUACUAUAGGGGAGCACUGGGAGUACUACUUGUUUAUGAUAUAACUUCAAGUAAAAGCUUUGAUAGCAUCAAAACUCGUUGGAUUAAACAUAUAAAUGCUAAUACGAGAAAAGGCGUAAAAAUUAUAUUAAUUGGCAACAAAUGUGAUGUACCGACAAAACGGGUGGUUAAGUCAGAGAUUGCCGAAGCACUGGCCGUUAAUCACGGUUUCAAAUAUUUUGAGACCAGCGCUAAGGAAAAUAUCAAUUUGGAGACCGCUUUCCAUGAAAUGGCUAAAGAUAUCUACAAUGAAAAAUGUCUGCGAGAAGAGUCUAAAAGUGUUACAUUAGCCGAAACGAGUGGCAAAAAACGCAAAACCAAUCGGUGCUGUCAAAUAACUAUCAACUUAUGAUAUACCUAUAUAUACAUACAUACCAAUGAUGAAUAAGCACCCAAUUAUUAUCAUAAUCAUCUCAUUUUUAAUAUAAUUAUUGU